AUGUAUCCAAAAACAAAUAAUCCAGUUUUAUAAUUUAAAGGUACAAUGACAACAUCUAGUUAAUGGGGAUUUAGUAAUAUAACCAUUGAUUAUGGAGUUUGUUAAUUAAAUUGUUAAGUUUGUUUGGAUGAAAAUACAUGUUAACUUUGUAAUUAAGGAUAUUUUAUUUUGGGCAAUGAAUGUGUAAAUAAAUGUCCAAUAUAUUCAAAUGAUUGUAUAGAUUAUGUAGAUGAAAUACCAUGUAAUUAAAUAAUUUAAUAUAAUAGUUUCAUAAUAUCUAGUAAAAGCAUUUUAUGAUACCAAUAUGAAAUUUGAUGAUAUAUAAUCUCAUUUUGAUUCAGUUCUUAAUGAUGGAAGUAAUUUCUUAACAGGCUAAAGUUUCUCUAUGAUAUAAGAUAAAUUUGUUUUGGGAGGUCUUUUAGUUUGGAAUAAUGCCAAAUACACUAAAUUAUAUACAAUUACGAAUCCUCAUUAUGCCAUAUCUAUUAGAUUUAAUAUUACAUUUGGAGAUGAUUUCGAUGGAGUAUUUAACUAUUAUUUAGAUUCUAUUUAAUAAAAGACUAUUGUUAGAUUAAAAUCAAGUGAUGAUAUAAACUUAAUUGGUAAGGAAAGUAAAGAAAGUGUAAUGUUUAUAUAUUAAUAUUACUAACACACAAUGACUCAAUUCAAGAUAGAAUUUGAAUGUGUCUCAGAAUAAGAUUUAAGAGAAGGAUUUUGUGCAAUAUCAGAAUAUUUCAUAGUAAUUCAUUAAUGUGUAACUGGAUGCUCUGCUUGUACUAGUCUUGAUGUUUGUACUUCAAGCAGCAAUCCUUAAGUUUGUUAUUCACCUAGCUUUUGGAAUUAUGAUACUGCUACAUCAAAUUACAUAUGUUCUGAUUGCACUUUGAAUUAUUGUAAUUAAUGUGCAACUGCAACUUAAUGUAAAAUUUGUUUAGAUAGAUUCUCACUAAAACGUGGAUAAUGUAUAUGUGAUGAAACUCAAUACAGAACUAUAAUUUCAUCUAUGUGUGUUUGUAAAGCUGGUUAUUACGAGGAUUAACUUACAAAAACUUGUUAGCCAAUAUGUGGAGAUGAUCUUAUAGUGGAAUUGGAAGAAUGCGAUGAUGGUAACUUAUAUCCUUUUGAUGGAUGUAAUCAGUGUAAAUAUGAGUGCCAAAUGGAAUGCACUUUAUGUAUUAAAGGAAUAUGCUAAUUAUGUUAAGAAGGAUAUAUAAAUAUUUUAAUGUAAUGUUAUCCAGAAUGCUUAUUUAAUGAAACAUAAAUAUAUCCAUGUUUUGAUAUUCAACAUAAUGAAAUAUUAGAAUAAUAAUAAUAAGUAUCAUUAAUCAUUUCAUAAUCAAUUUGUGGAGAUUAUUUGGUUGAUCCAUUCUCUGAAUAAUGUGAAGAUGGAAAUAUAUUACCAUUUGAUGGUUGUUAUAUUUGUUAGUAUUCUUGUCCUGAUGAGUGUUAAACUUGUGCAUUAGGUUUAUGUUUAGAAUGUAAGGAAUUCUGGAGUUUAGUUGAUGGUUAAUGUGUUUCUGUUUGUGGAAAUGGAUAUGUGUAAUAGAAUGAAUAAUGUGAUAAUGGAUAAUUGGAUAUCUAAUUGAAUGGAUGUUACAAUUGUGAAUGUGUUAAAGGAUAUAUUAUGAUAGAUAAAUAAUGUUAGAGUAUUUGUGGAGAUGGUUACACAACAAUUGAUGAAGAAUGUGAUGAUGCUAAUCUAAUUUAAUAUGAUGGAUGUAAUCUUUGUAUUUUAGAAUGUUUAAAUUGUAAUAUUUGUAUAAAGGGGUAAUGUUAAUAAUGCUAGGGUGGUUAUUACAAAGAUGAUGAUCAAAUAUGUUAGGAUACUUAAUGUGGAGAUAAUAUUAAAGUUGGUUAAGAAUAAUGCGAUGAUGGUAAUCUUAAUGAAUUAGAUGGAUGUUAUUAAUGUCAAUGUGAAUCUGGUUGGGAAGCUAAUUUUAGUAAAUUAUGUUAAUCUAUUUGUGGGGAUGGUCUUCUUGUGAAAGGAGAAUAAUGUGAUGAUGGCAAUAACAUUUAAUUUGAUGGAUGUUAUUUAUGUAAAUUUGAUUGUAAUGUUUAAUGUGCAGAAUGCCAAUUAGGAGUUUGUAAAUCUUGUAAUUAUGGUUACAACUUAAUCAAUAACAAUUGUGUUAAUACUUGUGGAGAUGGAAUUUUAGAUAUUCUUAAAGAAGAAUGUGAUGAUUAAAAUCUAAUUUCUAGAGAUGGAUGUACGAAUUGUUAAUUAGAAGUGGGAUAUAUUUGUUUUCAUGAUAAUCUUAUCUUUAAUCAUUGUGAAUAAUGCAAAGAUUUUAAUUGUUAAAAUUGUGUAAUUAUUGAUGGUUUAUAAUAAUGUAAAUAAUGUCAAACAGGUUAUUUUGUUGAUAAAUACUAUUCCUGCUCUAUUUGUGAUAAAAUCUGUAUUGAUUGUAUCAAUUCCUCGAAGAAUUGUAUUAAUUACAAUUACAAUUACUAUCAAGUCAAAGAAUGUAAUUCAACAUUAGGAUUCUAUUAUGAUUAUUAACUUAGAGAUUGUAUCUCUUAAUGUGGAGAUGGAAUCAUUUCAGGAUCUGAGAAUUGUGAUGAUCGUAAUCUUGAUGAUUUUGAUGGAUGCAAUAGUAAAUGCUAAAUAGAACUUGGAUACUUAUUUGAUCGUACUAAUAAUUAAUUGAUUAUUGAACCAAAUGUAGAAGUUCAAUUUUAAUCUUCUAAUAAUAAUUAGUAUUCAAUUAUUGCUGAUACAUAAUAACAAGCAAUAAAUUGUUCAGGAACUACUCUUCAUAUUGAUAGAUUUAAUUCUACUGAUUAUAAUUAUACUAUUGUCGAAUCAGAUCUUAAAUGUGAUCUAGAUAUUAAAUAUUUCUAAAAUGUUGAAUCCUUUAAUGUUAUUCAUAUUAUUAUUAAAUAUAAAGGGUAAUAUAAAAAAAGAAUGUUAGAUGAGGAAUCAGUUAAAGAAGUUAUAAUAAUUCCUUAGAGAUAGGUUUAUGUAAGUGAAGAAUAAAAAGAAUAAGGAGAAAAAAUGGCUUAAACAUCAAAGACAGUCUCAUAAUCUUUACUUGUUUUAGGACCACUUGCUAUGUUAAUUGGAGGAUUUAAAUUUGUUUGGGCAAUUUUAGAUAUUUUGAGUUGGAUGAACAAUUUUUAUUUCUUGAAUGUCACAUAUCCUGAAAAUGUUAGAUAAAUAUUUAUAUAAGCUUAAUGGGACAAUAUCUUAGAAUUUCCAUAAGUCAAUACAUUUAAUAAUCAUAAUGAUCCUUAUUAUUUCUAAUCACCUAUCAAGUUUUAUGAAAAGGGAAUAGAUCCAUUAUUUUUUAAUAAUAUUCAAACUAUUCUUAUAUUUUUAUUAUAAGUUAUUGGUACUAAAAUACUUUGUAAAUCAAUUAGAAGGAUCUUAGAGUAUUGUUAUAAAACAUCAAAAUCAACUACUUCAUUGGAUUUAAAUAAAUUAUAAAAUUCAUUUUUUUAACUAAAUAAUCAAUAAUAAUAAUAGUAAUGUAUAAGAUAUUAAUAAUAAGAUAUAGAUUAAUAAUAAUAAUAAUAAGAUAUAGAUUAAUAAUAAUAAUAAUAAUAAUAAUAAUAAUAAUAAUAAUAAUAAUAAUAAUAAUAAUAAUAAUAAUAAUAAUAAUAAUAAUAAAAAUAAUAAUAAUAAAUAAAAAUACCUAAUAUUUUAAAAUCUAUUUAUAAAAAUUGCGUUUAAUUUGAUGAAUGUUUCAUAGCCAAUUUAUUAAAAACCAUUUAAUUAAGUUUUCUUGAUUUAACAUUAGCAAUUACAUUAUAAAUAACAAAUUAAUAAACAUCAAAUUAUUUAAUAGUCAAAUUAAAUAUCAUUUUUGCUUAUUUUACUAUAUUUAUCUUAGGAUAUCUAUUAUAUUUUACUUAUUAGAUUUCAAUUACUCAUCAAAAUAAAUUGAAUAAUAAAUAUUUUAAUGAUAGAUAUAGUUGUUUUUAUGAAUAACUUAAGACUGAUUAAAGAAUGGCUAUGAGUUAUUCAUUUAUUAAUUUAGUAAGAAAAACAAUCUUUAUUAUAUCAACAGUACUCUUUUAUUCUGUACCAAUAUAUUAAACAACAAUAUGUUUCUUAUCUUGUGUAUUGAAUAUAUUCUUAUUACUAUUAUAAAAUCCAUUUGAAAGUAAAGAAUAAUAUUUUUUAAACCUAAUACAAUUAAAUUAUAUUAUAAAUAUACGAAUUUAUAUCAUCUAAUUUACCUGA